CUUCCUGUGACGUAGUCAGGGCGCUGAGCCUCAGUCUGAAUGAUGCUGCUUCGGUUGGUUCUCUGUCCUCCCUGCUCUCUCUCCCGCCCAGCUGCGCUGCUCUCCUUCUCUUCUCUCACUGCGGGGAGGAACAGCGGGACGCUGCGGGCUGUUGGUGGCUCUGCGGCCGCCCUGAGCAGCAAGGUUCAGUCCAGCGGUGGCAGCAGCCGGCGUCUCUCUACGUCAGCCCAAACUGGAGAUGGAGUCCUGGUUUACAGAGGCAGCCUGGGGACCGCAGUCAGGGGGGUGAAGCUGUUCUCCUACAGUACCAGCGGCGCCAGCCUCAUCCUGAUGCCUCAGAUCCUCCUGAACUCUGGGCUGGGAGCCGGGAGCGUGGCGCUGAAGGUGGCUUUCGGCGGCAUCGUGGGCUUCUUCACCUUCCUCACUCCAGUCCUCCUCCAUCUCAUCACAAAGGGCUACGUGGUCCGCCUGUACCACAACGCAGACAGAGACACCUACACCGCCAUCACCUACAGCGUCUUCCUGACUGAGAAACGCUCGGUGUUUCAUCAGAGUCAGGUCAGGAUCCCGGCUGUAGGCAGGAUGUUCACCACCUUCUAUGCUGGACAAGUGGGACUCCUGGUCAAUCCAGACCUCUUCACUUUUCCACACGACUACAAUCACCUGAUGGGCUACGACAAGCCCUUCACCUUUAGCAAAGACGACAUGCAGAAACGGGACCUGAGAGACUGAAAAGUUUGGUUAGCCUGUCGCUAAAACUCAGACUGCUCUGCUCGUUAAACUGAUUUCAUGUCCAAUCAGGGCAGUGAUUGCUGCCUGGUGCUUCCAUGAGUUUGUUAUAAUAAAAAGCCGUAACAUUAGUAGGGAAUUAUAUCUGUGUUUGGAUAUGGAUGCUGUUAAUGCUGACAUUUAAAAGCUUAGACAUGUAAAGGCUAGCAUAUAACGCUAUAAUGUUGGUUUUUGGGGCUACCUCACCUGGAGGAGCAAAAUAAAAUCUGCUGCUGCGUCUGAAGGUCCGCCAUAACCCUAAACCCCUCCAUCACUAUAGAGCGGGGGUAGGGCUGCCAACUCCCUGAGAAAAAAUGGCCCCCUCAUGGGCUGCAGAAAAUCACGGCGGCUCGCUGUGGAGUGAACUUUAUAUUCUUAGCACAGACGUUUCCCAUUCCUCCAUAUAUUCCUGCGUCUUUUUUUUUUCCGGACGAGGAGCAUCACUAUGCACCGCCCCCAAACUCAUCGUCCCCCAUCCUGCUCCUCUGUCUCCCGCUAUCUUCUCCGUGAGCAACACUUGGCUCGACCAAUGGGACGAGGGGAUUCAUGUCUGUUGUCAGCUCAUUGGUCAUAAGUUUACCGUUGGUUUCUAACGGACAGCGGAACGACAUGAGGGCCAAAAACAAAACGAGACGGUAAGGAACCAAACAGGAAAUCCGCAUAGAGGAGAGCGGAUGUAGAAUCGACCAAUCAGAGGCCUCCUGUCUGCAGUCACCUACAAUUUGGGAGAGCUGCAGCAGAGUGUCUGCAGAAAGGGGCGGGGCAUAUCUGCGUUCA